UUUGUUUAGCUCAUGAGCAACUCGAGGACUGGGCGGUUCCUUCGCAUCGUCAACGGAAGAAACUCCCGGGCGGCUCGAUAUGGUGUGGCACAGCAAGCGCACCCUGAUCAACCAGCCAAUCAGAGAGCAGAACGCUGCGGAACGCGUAUUUUGAACUGUAAACUGUCAGAGCAGACACCGAGGAGGAGACCGACCUGUACCUUCUCUCUGACAAGUUCAGGCUUUAACGUUACACUGUCUCUACCUAUCAUCGCAAACGAGUCUGGAAUUCAAAAUGAGAAAGAGCGAGGUGCUCGCAGCGGAGUCUGUGUCGUGCCUGAAUAAAGCGCUGUGCCACCUGAAGGACAUUUGGGAGGAGAUCGGCAUCCCCGAGGACCAAAGGCUCCAGAGAACCAAUGUGGUCAAGAACCACAUCAAGAAUUUACUGGAAAUGAUGAUCAAAGAAGAAGAAUCUCUGAAGAAGAGACUCAUACAAAGCAUUCAAACAUGUAGGACAGAGAUGGAGAAACUCUGCUUGGAACUUCAACUUCCUGUGUUUGAGGAGGAGGACGGCAUCAGCAUGCUGCAGCAGGAGAAGAACAUCCGCACGCAGAUGGAGGCUCUGCUGAAGGAGAAGACUCAGCGGAUGCAGCAGCUGAAGGCUCUGUUGGAUCAGGACCAGGACCUGUGCGACAUCCUGUGCUCCAUGCCCUACGGCAUCGCCCCGGACUCCGUUCCCUCGCUGGAGCAACUGGAGAGCUUCUCCCAGCACAUCGCCCACCAGAACGCAGAGAAGGCAAAGAGAUACGCUGAGUUCACUGACAUCAAGAGGCAGAUCAUCUUGUACAUGGGAGAGCUGGACCACAUACCUGAGACCAGCUUUGAGAAGGACGUCGUCUGUGAGGACGAGGACUCUUUUUGCCUUUCCAGAGACAAUAUUACUUCACUGAAGCUGCUUCUUUGUCAGCUGGAGGAACGCAAGGUGGAGAACGAGGCGAUGUGCGAGAGUCACCGGGAAAAGAUCCAGCGGCUGUGGGACCGACUGCAGGUUCCCCAGGAGGAGAGGGAGGUUUUCAACGAGCACAUGGUCUCAUCCAAGAAGAGGAACCUGGAAGCGCUACAAGCAGAAGUGCAGCGUCUGGAGGAUUUAAAACUGCUGAACAUCCGCAACGUCACAGACGCCAUCCGCUCUGAGAUCGCCGUGUUUUGGGAGAAGUGUUUCUACAGCACGGACCAGCGGCAGGCCUUUGCACCGUAUUUUAGCGAGGAAUUUACUGAGGACCUGUUGAGUCUACACGAUGCUGAGAUCCAGCGCCUGAAGCAGCAUUAUGAAGAUCACAAAGAACUGUUCGACGGGGUCCACAGAUGGGAAGAAAGCUGGAGACUGUUCCUGGAACUGGAGAAAAAAGCCACAGAUCCGACGAGAUUCACAAACAGAGGAGGAAACCUGCUCAAGGAGGAGAAACAGAGAUCUGAGCUGCACAAAAGUCUGCCAAAGCUUGAGAAGAAAUUAAAAGCCCAGAUUGACGAGUGGGAAAGCGAGCAGGGCCGAGAGUUUCUAGUAAACAGCCAGAAGUUUCUGCAGUACGUGGAAGAGCAGUGGGAGCUGCACCGAGUCGAGAAGGAACAGGAGAAACUAGAAAGGCACCUGAAGAAGAGCAAACAGACGGAGGAGGACAUGCUGUACGGGACAGCGGUACGAACCCCAACCAAACGCAGAUUGCUCGGCACGAACACCCCAAAUAAAUCCAGAAAGUUUAAUGCAACCUCCAGCAUUUCUAGUGCCACCUCUAACAGCACCAUGCGCUCCGUCUUUGGCGGGACCGUCUGUCGCUCUCCUGUGCCCCGCCUCCCCCUCUCUGCAAAUAAGACUCCGGCAGCGCGGACGCCGGGUGGAUGUAAACCACCUCAUCCGAGGCUCCAGAGCUGCAACAAGGAGAAUGUGGCCCAGUCGAAGGGGACCCCUCUGAGUGGUGCGUUGCUGACCCCUGCUAGUCCACAGCGUAACUUCAGCAUAGCCUCUGUUGCCAGCACAUAUUCAGAGUUUGUGAGGGACUUGGUCAACACUGAAUCUGUUCAGUCAAGCGAGACCUGUCCAAGACCUCUAACGCCAAGAUCCAGCACGACGUCCUGAACUCUACCACCACCAACACCAACAACCUCUGACCUCUGCACUGUCCCGGUCGGCUCCUAGUAUCAGCACCCUUCCAGUUAAGCUCUGACCUCGUCCUUAGAGGAUCACUACCUUUCACCGCUUUUAUAUGUAAAUGAAGGUAAUAAUAUAUUAAGUGUUAAGAUGGAGAUAAAUGAGGGAAAAGACUCAUCUCUCAAAGUCUGAUCCCAGUUUAUCACCAUCUGCAGGAGGGCAAAAAAAAUAUGUUAGUAAACUAACACUACUGUCUAAUUUUCCAGUUAUUGAAAUAUCUAAAUUGUUCUCUGUACAUUAUCCUGCACAUUGUUUUUUUUUUUUAUAAAGACAAAAGAAAGUAUGUCUUUCUGAAGUUAUGCAAUCUGGGGUUACAGACCAAAAUGUAUUAAGAAUACAUGGCACCUUCUUUUUUAUUUUUAGAAAAUAUAUUGCAAUGGGUGGUGUAUUUUUUAUAUGCGGACUCACACUGUUCCAGCCAAAUCUGUUUUUAUAAAUGUAUGUAUUUGUGUAUAUAUUUCUAUAUAUUUCUCCUUGUUCUCUUCGUAGAAGCUCCACAGGUUCACACAGAUGUUGGGCGGUGAAGACGCUUGAAUGCCAUAUAUUUGUGCUACAUAUUCGUUUAAAUGUAGAUAAAUCACACAGAUUCACUAUCAUGGCUGAUUUGGAAACGCUUGUCAAAAUAUAAUAAAUGCAUUUUCACUCCAA